AUGGGGAUGACGGUGAAAUUUCUGACGGGGCUUGUCGGGUUGCUCAAUCAUCGACGGAGGAUAGAGAUUACAGAGAGAGAGAAGACAAUGGCGCGUGUGUACCCGAGACUCGAUUUGCGUUGCGCUCCCGCUGUAAAUUUUCUGAAUUUCAUGCCUGAUUUAUGGCUAAACUUGUUCAGCUAUAAAUACGUCCCCGCAAACCAAACCUAUGUUCCCUACCUCUCCUGUAACCGAAACCCGAGCCGAGAAUCGCCGCCAAUACAGUAUGUGCUGCUAGAUUGUGCUCGUGGGGUUCACUCGGAGCUGCAUUGGUUAGUUAGUUUUGAUGAAGUGUUUUUGUUUCCGACGACGUUUUGCUUUCUGUUUUCUCGAACUACGAUGUUUGGUAGCUUUGUGAUUCAACAUUGGGUUCCGGACGACGACGAUACUUUUACUCUUUGGAGUUGAUGUCUCUAUUUGCUUGGCUGCAAGAUGUAUUAUCACCGAUCGUCUCACUUUUCUUUCCAGAAAUGA